ACAAUUUUCCAUACAAAAGAGAAGCCUUGUGUGACGUAUGUAAGAAAAUGCUUACUGAACAGUGUAGUUUAAACAAACGUAUGCUUAUUCACGCAGGAGAGCAGCAUUAUGUGUGUGAAAUGUGUAAGAAGUCAUUUAGUAAAGCGUGUCGUUUAAACAACCAUAUACUCAUUCACACAGGAGAGAAACCUUUUGUGUGUGAAGUAUGUAAGAAGCCAUUUAGACUUAAGCAUAGUUUAAUCAAGCAUAUGCUUAUUCACACAGGGGAGAGAUCUUAUGCGUGUGAAGUGUGUAACAAGUCAUUUAAUCAAAAGUCUACUUUAAACAACCAUAUGCUCAUUCACACAGGAGAGAAAUCUUAUGUUUGUGAAGUAUGUAAGAAGUCAUUUAGUCUAAAGUGUCAUUUAAACGACCAUAUGCGCACUCACACAGGAGAGAAACCUUAUGUUUGUAAAGAAUGUGAGAAAUCAUUUAAUGUUAAGCAACAUUUAAACAGGCAUAUGCUUAUUCACACAGGAGAGAAACCUUAUGAGUGUGAAGUGUGUAAGAAGUCAUUUAGUCAAAAGUCUCAUUUAAAUAAACAUAUGCUCAUUCACACAGGCGAGAAAAAUUUAUGAAGUAUGUAAGAAAUCAUUUAGUAUUAAAAAAAAAACUUUAAACAGGCAUAUGCUUUUUCACACAGAAGAGAAACUAUUUUUUGGAAGCAUGUAAGAAGCCAUUUAGUCGAAAGUGUAGUUUAAACAACCAUAUGCGUAUUCACACAGGAGAGAAAUCUUGUGCAUGUGAAGUAUGUAACAAAGCAUAGUUUAAACAACCAUAACCAUAUGCUUAUUCACACAGGAGAGAAACCUUAUGUUUGUGAAGUGUGUAACAAGUCAUUUAGUCAAAAGUAUAAUUUAAACAACCAUAGGCCUAUUCACACAGGAGAAACACCUUAUGUGUCUGAAGUAUGUAAGAAAUCAUUUAAUGUUAAGCAACAUUUAAACAGGUGUAUGCUUAUUCACACAGGAGAGAAACCUUAUAUAUUUGUAGUAUGUAAGAAGUCAUUUAAUCAAAAGUGAUGUUUAAACAAGUAUAUGCUUAUUCACACAGAGGAGAGACUUUGUGCAUGUGAAAUAUGUAGGAAAUCAUUUAAUGUUAAGCAAAAUUUAAAUAGGCAUAUGCUUAUUCAUACAUAAGAGAAACCUUAUGUGUGUGUGUAACAAGUCAUUUAGUUGAAAGUGUAAUUUAAACAACCAUAUGCUGCUUCACACAGGAGAGAAACCUUAUGUGUGUGAAAUAUUAAUUCGUAAGAAUAAGUUAAACAGGCAUAUGAUUAUUCAGACAGGAGAGAAACUUUAGGUGUGUCAAGUAUCUAAAAAUUCAUGUAGUGUUAAGCAUAUUUAUUGCAUGGUUUAAAUCUACAUAGCAAUUUGGAAAUUUUAUGCAAAUAUUAGAAAUUUGUGGACAAUCAAUCCCAUCUGUUGGAACCAAAAUUGCAGUUUAAAGUCUAAACGCUGCGCAAAAUAUAUUACUAAUGUCUAAACAUUGAAACAGUCUGAUAUGCUUUUUUCUAGACAAAAAAUUAAUGCCUGCCUUUAUUGUAGGAUGGGCAAAUUUUGCUAUGUUUUUUUGCAAAUAGAAAUUACGGGAUAAGCUAUCACAGAUUUAAGAGAAACUUCAUAGGUGUGAAGUAUGUAAGAAGUUAUUUAGUCAAAAAGAUACUUUGCAGUACUUUAUGCUUAUGUGCAGGGCAGAAGUUACAUCUAACAAGUGAUUUAUAAGCAGGAAUAAUUUAAAUAAGCAUAUUCAUACUCGUAUUUCAGAGAAACCAUUUAUGUAAAAAAGUUAUUUAUUCUAAAAGGUGAUUUGAAUAUAUAUAACCGUAGAGGAGAGAAAUCUCAUGACUCAUAUGGAUAGAUUUAUAGAAACCAAUUUUUCUACAUUGAAGAGGUUUUGUGUGUUUUGACAUAUUAAAUUAGUAGCAGUCUUUAAUUACUAGCGCAGGAAGGAAUUGUCCAUGCAGAAAUGAAGCCUCAUCAUGUGAAAUCAAAUUUGGUUCAUUCUUGCCAGGCAGGCUCCAAAUGCAGAUUUUAGGAUCGGUAACAUUCAUUAAGAUUUCAGUGGUGGUUAGUGUCAGAAUUUAGGUUUUGCGAUGUGCUAUACUGGUUGGUACAAAGCUGACAACUGACCCUGUGUGAGGUAUAGAACUUAUAAUUUCGUAUAAGCAAUAAACCACCUAUUUGUUUUCACAAGAGGAAAAACUUCGUAUGUGCAAAAUAAAUCCAAAGUCAUUUUAAGGAACUACUCAUUUGAAGCCCCAUUUACUAUUCCAAGUAAAACUAGAGCUUUUUGAUUUUUGGCUUUAUUACAGCUGUGUGAAUAUAGAUUUCAGUAGAUUUUUGAACUCAUAGAUGUUCUUUCUUUAUAUUUUUCACCUAGUAAAGUGCAUUAUGGUGAUUAUAUGCUUGUUACCACUUUAAAAUGCUUCUAAUAAUGAAAUCGUGAAGCAAGGCUGAAUGCCUCACCCAUAUGUGUACUGUAACUUAUGCAUACUUUGAGUUAAAUUUGCUUUUUGAGUUUAAUGCAGAUACCUAUCACAGCUUUCUGUUUAUUGAUUUAAGUGGGAUGGAUUGGGCAGGUGAUGAAAUAGUGUAUUAGGUACUUUUAUGUAUAUCCUGAAGACCAUGAUUACCUAGCUACAGUAGCAUAUCCAUGCUGCAGUGCAUAACAUUCACAAAAGGGUUGCCUGAUGCUAUAUUGGAAAUAUAAUACAAUUUUCUCAUAUUGUGAAAAAUGAGAUCUAAAAUAUUUUCAGUGAAAUUUGUGACAUGCCAAGUAGAGCAACCCCAUGUAUAUAAAGUAUGUAAAAAGACAUUCGGAAGAAUGAGUCAUUGAAAAAAUAAAUUUUAAUGCAGAUUUGAUGAUCGCAAAAUUGAAAAAUAUGAGGAAUCAGUACCGGUGAAAAAGAAAAAAAAUGCUUACUUUUAAAAGUGGUAAUGGAGGACCAGGAUUUGUACCUAAGUGGGAUCACUUCCAACGAUUAUGCGUUUUGGAUGAUGGUAUGAUAGCAGAAGAGAGCUGCUCUAAUUUGGAUAUUUCCUUCUGCUCAAGUUUUGUGCAUGAUAGUGAAGUAUAUGAGGAGGAAGAACAUGUAGAGCAGCCCUCUGCUGUUAUAAGCCAGAUUCCAGAAGUAUUCCCAAAAGUGACUGAUCCUUCUCCUCCUCCUCCUCCUCCAGAUUCCAAGAUGAGUGCAAGAAAACGUAAAAGGGAGGAUAGUGAUGUUAAUGACCUAAUUUCUAGUGCUUCCACUGCACUUUUAAAAGUGCAGGAAGUUGAAAAUAAUACUGAAGUGCUCUUUAGGAAAUAUGUAGCUUCCUCCCUUUAAAAUAUUACAGAUUUACACAAAAGAGAGGAACUGGUAUUAAAAAUACAAUUAAUCUUCGAAGCAAAA